CAUGGGUUAUGUUGGACUUGUGAUCUUAUUUGUGGAAGUUUUAACGAUCAUUUCAGCUGGGUUGCAAGGAACUAAUGAUCAAAUUGGGAAACGUAAUCGAGAAGGAGACUCCUACUUUUCUACAGGUGACGACUCUGACCCACAUACCUGCAGAAAACUUGGAGAAUGCGAGGGCACUUCAGGGAGGUCUCAACAGUGCUGGGGAUAUGAACCAGGGUGUAACUCACCAGAUAAAUGGUACAUUAAACCACAGUGCUAUGACAACCUGUCUGGCAGACAUUUUAGAACGAUUGAGGACAAAAUUUACCAUUUCUGGAAAGAGAGUGAUUUUGGUUUUGUGAAAUCUGUUCAGGACAGUUUACAGUUGGUUUGUAAGCCAAAGGAAUACCAGGCAGAUGGCUCAUCUCUUGUAUGCUCCAAACAGCUGACAUACUGCAAAGCAAAGCAUCUAUUCAUGGAUUUCAGAAGUAUGCCAAAUGGACAAAGCACAUCAAAGUCAGACAAAUUGAAGCCUCAGAAAAUUGGUGGGUUUUGUGAAGUGGAUGCUAGUGCCCUCAGUGAAGAAGGAAAGUACAGAAUGGAGCUCAGUUCUUGGUUAAAUGAAGUAGAGGAUUUUUCGUCCUUGCCCUUCAAACCAAAUCAGGAGGAAUACUGUGAUGUCUUGGUGGAGAAACCUACUUUCUUCAUGAAAUUAGAUGCAGUUGUAAACAUGUACCAUCAUUUCUGCGACUUUUUCAACUUGUACCUCACUCAACAUGUAAAUGGAUCCUUUGACACUGAUGUUAAUAUUGUACUGUGGGAAAAGCAUGCAAGACGAAGUUUGGGGAACUUUGGAGUAACAUGGAAAGUGUUUACAUCACACCCUGUCCUCUAUCUUGGAAAGGAAUAUGAAAACAAGAGGGUGUGUUUUAAAGAAGCCAUCUUUGCCCUUCUGCCAAGAAUGGUGUUUGGACUGUACUACAACACACCUCUGACUCCAGGUUGUUCUAAAAGUGGUCUUUUCAAAGCAUUUUCUGAACAUGUCAUGGGAAGACUUGGCAUCAUCCAGGAGCGGAACUUGCAGAACAGCAGUGAACCAAUUCGUAUAACAUUGCUAUCCAGAGGGACAAAGUUUAGAAAAAUCUUGAAUGAGAAUGAGAUUACUCAUGCUUUGGAUACAUACCCUGGAGUGAAGCUGAAUGUUUCAAAAUAUUCUUGGGAUAUCCCUUUCAUUGAACAACUAAAACGGAGCCACAACACAGAUCUAUUUAUUGGAAUGCACGGUGCUGGUCUUUCUCACGCCCUUUUUCUCCCGGACUGGGCUAAUCUCUUUGAGCUGGGAGUCUCUUAUACCACUUGGGAAAACGAGGACAAAGUUGUUGAGCAUACUGAGGAACUACAUCCGCAAUACAGUGAUCAUCCCAAGUUUAGGAACUACGCGUUUGAUGUGCGUGAAUUUAUGAGGCUAGUGGAACGGACAGUUAAAAAAGUGAGGCAAUCUAUGGAUGAAUACUCUAAGAAGCAUGGUAGCUGACACCAGGAGACUUCAAAAAACGUCAAGAAACAAUGGUUCAUUAGAGACUAAAAGCCCUGAGUCAUGCCAACUUUACGUCACCAGAUCAAAGACCUUCGACGUCAAAGAAAACCGGAAUCCACUAAGAAAAUCAUUUAGGUCACAACUUGUAAAACCUCUCAAAUCCUCGUGCUUUACACUACAGUCUUAAAUUCUGGUCUCGUGUUUCCCGCGGAGCGUCACAGCGAAAUUAACGGUGAUACUCUCAGGAAUACGAAACUAACUGUUCCCAUCGAGACCAAAUUUUAUGCAUAGAGGAGGAAUAGAUCCAAAGAUAGGGGCCAAGUCUUAGUAUGUGGAGAUACCUGCUGAACAACUAUGGCAGCUUUUGGGUCUCUAGUAUUUUUCAAACAGCUGACCUACAGUAACAGCACAACCCGCUUUUUUUACGAAUUUAACCGUGUCUCGGUGGGUAAGAGUUACUGACUGACUUGAUAACCACCAAUCAUGGUCUCGUGCUCGACACUGAAAGCUUUGUCUAAUUCCAACCCCAGUAGGCAAAAAACCGACCUUAAAGCGCAUACAGGGACGUUUUUACUCCUAGUCAAAUAAAGUAUCUCAUGGCUGAA